CAAAAAAGGAAAGGGAAAAAGAGAAAGGGGAUCUCGAGUAGCUCAUCAUCUUCAAACCUCCAUUAUCGUGCUCAUUCCGUCUAGCUUUCUCCAGAUACAUGAAAUAACUCUAUCAGUACAUAUGGUUUUGGGUGUAUUCCACCUCGAACGUUGUCUAGUCUCACCAACAUCAUGACAUCAUCCCAAUCGAAGACUUCUCCAGCUCAGAGUACUUUCUCAAAGCUUCAAAUCAAGUGAUAACCUCACACCCUUUGAAUGCAUAUUAUCUUGUUCAACACUUACCUAAUUCAAUGACCUCGCAACCUUCAUCCCUUAACUUUGACAGGUUAAGCCCAUCAAAAAGCUAAUAUCAUCGUUGAAAAAUUUGCGACAAAGUUACUGCCGUCAGGUAAUCAAAGACGAAGAGAAAUGUGGAUGAUGGGUUACAAUGAGGGAGGAGAUUUUAACAUGUCGGAUUCGUGUAAUGGAAGAAAGCUUCGUCCACUAAUGCCGAGAGUGCCUCAUGCGCCUACGGCGAAUCCAACGAAUUGCUUAAGAAAUUUUCAUGGAGAAAACUUUAUUGCACUUAAUCAUCAUCAGCUUGCUAUGAGUGAGCAAAAUAAGAGAGAUUUCAAUACGCAAUUAGUAGUGAGCUCACGUUGGAAUCCAACUCCAGAACAACUGCAAACGCUGGAAGAGUUGUAUCGACGCGGCACGAGAACUCCGUCAGCUGAACAGAUUCAGCAUAUCACUGCACAACUUAGACGGUAUGGCAAAAUUGAAGGAAAAAAUGUUUUCUACUGGUUUCAAAAUCAUAAAGCAAGGGAACGCCAAAAAAGACGCCGUCAACUUGAAUCUUCUGCUAAUGGGAACGGUAAUGGCGGUGGUGGUGAUGAUCAGUCUCAGAGUAAUUGUAACGCUGAAAAUGCUGAAAGAAAAGAAUCAGGGGCAAAUAGGACAGUUUUUGAAAUUGAACAGACCAAGCACUGGCCAUCCCCAACAAACUGCAGUACUCUUGCAGAGAAAACUGCAGCAAAAACAAAGGCAGGUGCAGCAUCGGCAGCGGCAGGGGCAACAGCAGCAGGAGUUGCAGAAUCAUGUAGAGUAGCAGCAGCAGAAAGAUGGAUACCAUUCGACGAAGGAGAACAAAGAAGGAGCUUAUUAGCAGAAAGGAAUGCCACGUGGCAGAUGAUGCAUUUGUCUUGUUCACCACCCACCAUCAACAACAACACCAAUUGUGCAACAAUUUGUAGUAAUACUAUAACUACUGCAACUUGUACUCCAAUUAUAAGGAGUUGUCCAUCAACGCCAACAACAAUCGACCAUCAGACAAAACAACUUUUCAAGCCCAAAGAUCAUCUCAACAUCUUUAUAACACCUUUUAGAUGUGAUCAAAAACACCAAAACAUCAUCGGAGACGAAGAAGAAGAAGGCGAAGGCAAUGGUCAUGAAGCACAGACUCUUGAAUUAUUUCCCCUCCGUAGCAGCAAUGACAACAAUGAUGAAAAUAAUUUUUCAGACAAGGAUGAAAUAGGAGCUGCCGCGAACUUGAAUAAUAAUUUUAAUGGCAGUCAUUAUCAGUUUUUUGAGUUCCUUCCACUCAAGAACUGAAAAAUAUCUAGACAUGAGUCAUUUAGAUGUUGACUGUUUAUGUAACUUGAAAUUUAUGAUCCCUAUUAUUAGCUAUAGCAAUGAUGUUGUUCAAUGCGAUGUAACUUUUAUUGAAAUCAAAGAUUGCCUUAAAAUGCAUUUGGACCA